GGAAGCCCGGUCUCUGCGCCCCACGGGCGGCGAGGGCUCCGCGCGCAACCGGGGCGAGGCGGGUGCGGCGCGUGGGCAGGUGCUGGGGCCGCGCUUGCUGGACCUGCGCCGCCUGCGUGCGGGUGCGGUCGUGGCCUUCCCGCCCUGCCGCCGGGAACACUGCCCGCGCCCGCGCCCUCCCCCUUCCCUCGCCGCCGCGGCUCCGUGCGCGCCGCCCCCAAACGCGCGUGGCUCCGGGCGAGCGAGGGCGGCGGCACCCGCCUCCAGGCCUCGCAGCGGCGCGGCUCCUUCGCUCUUCCAGCGCCCGUGGCGUCGCAGCCCCGCGAUCAUGAGCCCCGAGCCAGUCCCGCCGCCGCCGCCGCCUCAAUGCCCGGGCGGCGAGUGCGGGGAGCCUCUGGCCCAGCGCUUGGAGACGGGGGACGAGGCCUUCCGCGCGGGCGACUACGAGGCGGCGGCCGAGCUCUUCCGCUCCGUGCUGGCCGGCCUGGCGCAGCCUGAGCGGGGAUUGUGCCUGCGGCUGGGGGACGCACUGGCCCGCGCCGGCCGGCUCCCCGAGGCCCUGGGCGCGUUCCGCGGCGCCGCUCGCCUGGGGCCCCUGCGGCCCGAGGAGCUGGCGGAGCUGGCGGCCGGCCUGGCGCGCGCGCUGGGCCAAAGCGAGGGGCGCCUGGCGGCCGGGAAGCCUAGCCGCGCCCCCGAAGCUCCGGGCGAGGCCCGUGUGGCGCCCCGCGACCUGCUGGGCUGCCCGCGCUGCCGGCGGCUGCUGCACAAGCCGGUGACACUGCCUUGCGGGCUCACGGUGUGCAAACGCUGCGUGGAGCCGGGCCCCACCCGGCCCCAGUUGCGGCGCGUCAACGUGGUGCUGAGCGGCCUGCUGGAGAAGUGCUUCCCGGCCGAGUGCAGGGCGCGCAGGCUGGGCGGCCAGGCGCGGAGUCUGCAGCGCCAGCAGCAGCCCGAGGCCGCGCUGCUCAGGUGCGACCAGGCCCUGGACGAGGCUCCUGGUGAUUAUUCAUUAUUGCUGCUGCGAGCAGAAUUAUACUUAACCAUGAAGAACUAUGACCAAGCUCUACAGGAUGUCACUAUAGUUUGUCAGAACGAACCUCUCCUUACUAAGGGGCACCAUGUGAAAGCUCAGGCUCUUUCUGGUUUGGGAAGAAGUAAGGAGGUGUUGAAGGAAUUUCUCUACUGCCUCGCUUUAAAUCCUGAAUGUAACUCAGUGAAGAAAGAAGCACAGAAGGUAAUGUGUGAAGUGCUUUUUCUAGCUUCAGAAAAUAUGCAUCAAAACUUAACAUCUCCCAUCCAAAGCAGUGUGCUGAAAACCAAAUUACAGGCUCAGUGUCAAAGCCACGUAAACACCCAGCCUUCUUUGGAAGAAGACAGUGAUGCAGGCUGUUCUAAGACUCCACCUGAGAAAUCUGAUAUGUGUAGAAAUACCAAUGCUUCAAUUUUGUAUUUUAUACUGGGCCUACACUGUGAAGAGGACAAAAAGGUGUUAGAUAGCAUCCUUCCAACAGUAUCCAGCAAUGGUUUGAAGAGACAGUUUCCAAAUGAUUUGGAGGAUGUGCAUGACUCUGACAUGCCUGAAAAAAUCCCGAAGAAAGAGGCAGAUUCCUCACCUCAAAGGAACAUGAACUCUAAUACAGGAGAAAUUCCAGAACUCUUAAUAGAUGUAACUGACUUUGAGUGUGCCCUUUGCAUGAGGUUACUCUUUGAGCCUGUCACCACACCAUGUGGACAUACAUUUUGCCUGAAAUGCCUUGAGCGCUGCCUGGACCAUGCCCCACAUUGUCCAUUAUGCAAAGAGAAACUUUCUGAAUUGCUGGCAAGCAGAAAUUUUAACAUAACCAUUCUGGCUGAAGAACUAAUAUUUCGCUAUUUAUCUGAUGACCUAUCUGACAGGAAGAGAAUUUAUGAUGAAGAAAUGACAGAACUGUCCAAUCUGACCAGAGAUGUCCCCAUCUUUGUGUGUGCCAUGGCCUUCCCCACUGUCCCAUGUCCACUUCAUGUUUUUGAGCCCCGCUACCGGCUUAUGAUAAGAAGAUGCAUGGAAACAGGCACCAGACGGUUUGGCAUGUGCUUAUCUGCUGAACAUGCAGGGAUUUCUGAGUAUGGCUGCAUGCUGGAGAUCAAGGAUGUUAGAACGUUUCCUGAUGGGAGUUCAGUGGUGGAUGCAAUUGGAGUUAGUCGGUUCAGAGUUUUAAGCCACCGUCACAGAGAUGGUUAUAACACUGCAGAUAUUGAGUAUCUUGAAGAUGAAAAGGUGGAAGGCCCAGAGUAUGAAGAACUUACCACUCUUCAUGAUUCAGUUUAUCAACAGUCUGUUUCCUGGUUCGGUGCACUUCAGGAGCACAUGAAAGAACAAAUCUUAAGUCAUUUUGGCGUAAUGCCAGACAGGGAAGCUGAGCCUCAGAGCAAUCCUAGUGGUCCUGCUUGGUCCUGGUGGAUCCUGGCAGUGCUGCCACUGGAACGCAAGGCUCAGCUGGCUAUACUCGGUAUGACGUCACUUAAAGAGCGUCUGCUAGCCAUUCGGCGAAUACUAGUCAUCAUCACACGUAAGAUGAAUAGUCGGCAAGAGAUGAUUAAUAGCAGGGAGAGGAAUAAUUGAUUGUGUCUUUUUCUCAAGGCUUCUGGGAGUUCUUGUGCUUUUAUGAAAAGUUCCAGGCAUGGAUGUGUAGCAACCCAUUUGUCAUGCUUUGUAAAAUGCUUGUUGAUAAGGCUACAAAGUGGAACACUGCCAAACAUUAACCCCCUACUCAAAGGCUAAAAAGUCUGUGCCUGGUGGAAUCUGACUGUAAGAGCUGACUCCAGGUUAGCCUGAAGUUUGAACAGAGCUCAUGGUUGGAAAACAAACUGUAAAAAUCUCUUGGAAGCUGAUGCUUCUUACAUACUGUUCACAGAAAAAAGGACAUGACAGACAAAAGUUUUGUGUUUAGAUUCUAUAGGAAAGAAGAACUCCCUUUCCCAUAAAGUUAUCUUGUAUAUUAGAUAUGAGCAGCAUAUUCCAGUGGCUAGACAGA